AUGGAGGACAAAGGAUUGAGCGCGGUGAUUCGUGAUGGGGAACCAUCGGUUAAUAUCCCCAGCUGGUUCGACUCUCGAUUAAGGGAGGGGGGGACCGGUUGGUUGUGGGCAGUUUUUGCGGUUUUUGGUACAUUUUCUGUUGUUUAUACGGGGUUGCUGGUCAAGGCUUCAGUGAAUGGGUCGAGCAGUCUGCGUCAUAAGUAUACGGGGCCCUUGUUGGUUGCGUUAGAGUUUACGUUUGCGUAUUUUACAUAUGCGUCGAAUCUAGGGUGGACGGGGAUUGCUGUUCCGGCCAAUGGGUCGGCCGAGGUUUGGACGCCCGAGACGGGGACGAACUGGAGACAGGUUUUUUAUUCCAAGUAUAUUGCUUGGUUUUUGGGAUUUCCUAUUGUGCAUUAUCUGUUUGAGUUCAAUGGGGUUGUCGCGGCGGCGUCUACUGCUUCGUGGUCGUUUGGGGAUUUGAUACAUUCGUUUUCUCUGAUUGUUUUGGGAACAGAGUUUUUCAUUGUUGGGUUGCUGGCAGGGUCUUUUGUUCCUACGGUGUACAAAUGGGGGUAUUGGGCUUUCUCUGCACUGGCAGUGUUAACAUCGGGUGGGAUUGCUGUCAAUCACCAUGCCAAGGUGUUGCGGACCAGCGCGCUUUUACAUCCUCCAUUGUAUGCGACGCAUAUCUCGUCGGCAUUGUACUUAGUGUGCUGGGGUCUCGCGGAGGGCACGAACAUUCUUACUCCUAACCAAGAGUCUAUAUUCUACGGCAUCUUGGAUAUGGUGGUGUUUGGGAUAAUUCCUGCAGCUUUGACAAUUCUUUCUCGUAUCAACGAGGGCAACUUGCCUUCCUGGUCUUUGUUUAAGAGGAAGAUGUUUGAUUUAGAGAAGGGUGGUGGGGCAAGGUCCGGUGAGACCAUUGAAAGUGACCAUGAGCCGGUCGAAUAA